AUGCCGCGCUCCUUCCUUGUGGACUCUCUGGUGCUGCGCGAAGCUGGAGAGAAGAAGGCGCCCGAGGGCAGUCCGCCGCCGCUCUUUCCCUAUGCGGUGCCCCCGCCGCACGCGCUUCAUGGUCUCUCGCCCGGCGCUUGCCACGCGCGCAAAGCCGGGCUGCUGUGUGUAUGCCCGCUCUGCGUCACCGCCUCGCAGCUGCAUGGGCCCCCCGGGCCGCCUGCGCUUCCGCUGCUCAAGGCAUCCUUCCCGCCCUUCGGCUCGCAGUACUGCCACGCGCCCCUUGGCCGCCAGCACUCGGCCGUGUCGCCCGGGGUUGCUCACGGCCCGGCCGCCGCCGCAGCAGCGGCCGCGCUCUACCAGACUUCCUACCCGCUGCCGGACCCCCGGCAGUUCCACUGCAUCUCCGUGGACAGCAGCUCAAACCAGCUGCCCAGCAGCAAGAGGAUGCGGACCGCGUUCACCAGCACGCAGCUGCUGGAGCUGGAGCGCGAGUUCGCCUCCAAUAUGUACCUGUCCCGCCUUCGCCGCAUCGAAAUCGCAACCUACCUGAAUCUGUCCGAGAAGCAGGUGAAGAUCUGGUUUCAGAACCGCCGAGUGAAGCACAAGAAGGAGGGCAAAGGCAGCAACCACCGCGGCAGUGCCGGCGGUGCAGCCGCGGGUACCGGCGGGGGCGCACCCCAAGGCUGCAAGUGCGCGUCGCUCUCCUCAGCCAAGUGCUCAGAGGAUGACGACGAAUUGCCCAUGUCUCCGUCCUCCUCAGGGAAGGACGACCGGGAUCUUACGGUCACUCCGUAGGCAUUCGUCUCCCUAGGUCGCCCACCCCAAGACCUCCCGGCGCCUGAAAGACUGGUCUUGGGACGCAGCACUGGUUCCCAGGCACCGGCUGCCAAUCGAUUGUCUCUCACGGAUUUGGCAUGACUUUGCCAAGGCCCCCAGCUCUGGGCAGAGCUGAGAACUUAGCAGAGACUUGAGGAUGGUAUCCCGGUCCCCAAGGCGUCCAAAGCGAACUCAAAGCUGUGAACCCUACAGCAUCAGAGUGCAGCACCACGGCCCCCGCGUCACUACCGUCCUGUCCAGCGCCUUGCUGGCGGUAGGCGCCUCCUUGCCCGCCCUCUGGGCUGGCUCAGGCUUCCUCGCUUCCUCUCCUCUCCUCCACAGUCUAUCAAGUUCAGCCUUUCACUCCUUACUCCUCGGAUGCCCUUUUGCUUCCCUUUUUAAAAAUCUCUCAAUUCUUUCCUGCAGUUGUUUAUCCACGCCCCUCCACAACACACACGCGCGCGCGCGCGCGCACACACACACACACACACACACACACACGAGCUUCUUUUCACCUUUUUUGCCCUUUCCCUUCCCCUCCUCAGGGAGCCUUCUCCAACAGCAGGUGCAUUUGUCCUUUGGUUAGGCCUUGCUGUCCCAAGUCCCCCAACUCCUCUCCACGGAGAGAAUUAGAGAAUUAUCUCCUAUGGUAUCCGUAUUUCGGAAACGAUUCACUUUGUUUCCGACGUGCACUGCAUUCCCCCAAACCCUAGACUCGGGCUCUCCGCCUCGGGCGACCCCUCCCUUCCCUCCCACCCAGGUCUCGGCCCCGCCCUG